AGUAGCAGUAAUGAUAGUCGUAAAAAAGAUAUUACGUCUCCUGUUGAUGAGCAUUUCCAGUGAUUCAUGGAAGUUUGGGAACGAGGGAAGUUUUGCAGUGCUUUAUUAAAUCAUUUACCUACGUCUAUAUUUGCGUUCGUGGAUGUCUAUGUGUGUUUAUAUAUUUAUCUUCAAACACACACACACACACACACACACACACACACACACACAACAAAGCUAUUUACUUGCAUCUAUGUGUAGUGAGUAUGUUUAUGUAUGUAUGUGUGUGUGUGUUCCUUCAAACCAAACACACCCACAUACAUACAGCACAAAACAUCCUCAUCCCAUUGCAGCCAACACACAGCCGUCAACACCCUCCCUCUCUUCACCCUCAACAGGCUGGGCAGCAGAAAGUUGACUACUGGGUGGAGGGCGGCUGGGGGGCUCUCAAGGUGGACGAGGAAGGUGGAGUCAGCCUGUGGAGAGCCCUAGACCGCGAAGCCCCGGGUGGAUCAGCGGGGGAAGCUCUUGUAGUAGCCGUGGACAGAGGCAGACCACCGCUGACCGCCACCGCUACACUCUCCAUCACCGUGACCGACGUAAAUGACUGCGCCCCGACCCUCCUGCCGCCUACGGUCUUCCACGUGGUUGAGGACGCCCCGCCAACGCUACUCGGAGUCCUCAAGGCGACGGACGAGGACGUGUGGGCGCUGGGUCACGGGCCGCCCUUCAAUCUCUCUCUGGCGGAUACCAACCCCGAGCAUGUUCUGGACUCGGUGACGCUGAAGUUUGAUCCGCGUCUGGACAGCGGACGAGGCGGCGCUGAACUCUGGACCACUGGGGGGCUGGACAGGGAGGCGUGGUCGGCGCUGAGAGUCGACGUGGUGGUGGCUGACGCAGGUGGUCUGGCCUCGACACACACGCUCACCGUUAUAGUGGAUGACCUGAACGACCACCCCAUGAAGCCUGCAGCCAAGACCGUGUACCUAUGGAAGACCCAGGGUGGUGGUGGGUCGGAGGCGCCGCUGGGUCGUGUGUACGUUGAGGACCCCGAUGACUGGGACGCCGCCGAUAAGUCCUACGCGUGGGACGGUCCGGCGCACCCACUCUUCUCCCUUCAUCCUCGACACGGGACGGUCUUUGCCUCCAGCGUGGUCAGGGAAGGACGGUAAGACAGUUUUGGGUUUUCCUUGUGUUUAUGUGUGUGUAGGGACG